ACCUGAAGGUGUUCAGAAGCAAAGUAAGCGUCGUAUUGCCUUAGUGAUAAAUUUAAACACAACUACUACAUAAUUUGUAUACCAUUUCUGAAAAAAAAUUUCAUUAUCGAUUUCAUUCGUAAAAGAAAUUUAUCAAAAUGUCUUCUUUAACUAAGCCAAAGUCUGAAAUGACUCCUGAGGAAUUAGCAAAACGAGAAGAAGAAGAAUUUAAUACUGGACCACUUUCGGUAUUGACUCAAUCUGUGAAAAAUAAUACGCAGGUUUUAAUUAAUUGCAGAAAUAACAAAAAAUUAUUAGGAAGAGUAAAAGCAUUUGAUAGACAUUGCAACAUGGUUUUAGAAAAUGUGAAAGAAAUGUGGACUGAACUUCCACGUACUGGAAAAGGAAAAAAGAAGGCAAAGCCAGUAAAUAAAGACAGAUUUAUCUCAAAAAUGUUUUUGAGAGGAGAUUCUGUCAUUCUAGUUCUACGAAAUCCUUUAGCAACAGCAUCAGGAAAAUAAUUUUAUAAAUAAGUUCACUAUUUUAUAACUAUUAUUUGAUAAAUAAAAACUU